GGGCGAUUGACCGUCGUGUUCGCGUUGUAUUUUUUAAGUUUUUUAUGUACGCACGUCAUUUGUUUUUAAUUACUGAGCAGAUUGACAAGUUGACGAACGAUUGUCACGCACCAAAUAAUAAGAAAAUGUUGCUCUAAAAGAAAAACAGCCAAGUGCAAGUGGCUGGGUAAAUACUGCGUGUGCAUAACGCGUGCCUUUAUAAGUUACGUUCAGCCGAAAUGGGUCUUAAAAGCAACAACAGUGCACAAAAACAACAGCACACAAAUUUCCUCCCGCACCGAAAUGCAAUCAAAGCGACACUAGCAACAAUGACAGAUCAACUGAACGAGCUGCACACGCGACUUGCCCAGGUGAGGCAGGAGCAUUUGCUUAAGUUUUGGCUCGAGCUCUCGGAGGAGGAGCGCACCAAACUGGCGCGCGACAUAGACGAGCUCUGCCUGGACGAGAUCAAGCUGUAUUGGGAUCGUGCCACCAUCUCGAUGAAUGCGAAUGGCAUCAAAUUGGACGGUCGCCUGCAGCCCAUACCCGACGGCCAAAUACUGUCCACGGCUCGCACCACGGAGGAUAAGCUGAACGCCUAUCGGGAGGAGGGAUUGCAGCAAAUAAGCAACGGCCAUGUCGCUGUGCUGCUCAUGGCGGGUGGACAAGGCACACGACUCGGCUUCGAUCAGCCCAAGGGCAUGUACGAUGUGGGACUGCAAUCCCGCAAGACGCUAUUUCGCAUACAGGCGGAACGCAUCCUGAAGCUGGAGCAGCUGGCCGAGGAGACGUGCGGCAGGCGAGGUCGCAUCGUCUGGUAUAUUAUGACAUCGGAGCACACAAUGCAGCCGACGCUGGACUACCUUGAGGCGAACAACUAUUUCGGGCUGCGGGAGGAGAACGUGGUGCUCUUCGAGCAGGGCUCGCUGCCAUGCUUCGAUAACGAUGGCCGCAUCAUAUUGGACGAGAAGCAUCGUGUGUCGCGCUCCCCGGACGGCAACGGCGGCAUCUAUCGCGCCAUGCAACGCGCCGGCAUCCUGGACGAUAUGCAGCAGCGCGGCAUACUCUAUGUGCAUGCGCACAGCGUGGACAACAUCCUGAUCAAGGUGGCCGAUCCCAUAUUCAUUGGCUACUGCGUGCAGGAGCAGGCCGACUGUGCCGCCAAGGUGGUGGAGAAGUCGGCGCCCAAUGAGGCGGUCGGCGUGGUGGCCAUUGUCGACAACAAGUACCAGGUGGUCGAGUACAGUGAGAUCUCGGCAAAGACGGCCGAAAUGCGCAACGCGGACGGACGCCUAACGUUUAGCGCCGGCAAUAUAUGCAAUCAUUUCUUUACCGUCGCCUUUCUCCACAAGAUCGGCAGCACGUACGAGCGCAAAUUGAAGCUGCACGUGGCCAAAAAGAAGAUACCAUUUGUGGACAAUGCCGGCAAUCGUCUGACGCCCAACCAGCCGAACGGCAUCAAGAUUGAAAAGUUUGUCUUCGACGUCUUCGAGUUCGCCGAGAAGUUCGUGGCCAUGGAGGUGCCGCGCGAUGAGGAGUUCAGCGCACUCAAGAACGCCGACUCAGCUGGCAAGGAUUGCCCCAGCACGGCGCGCGCCGACCUGCACAGGCUGCACCGCAAAUAUAUUGAGAAUGCCGGCGGCAUGGUGCACGGCGAGAUCUGUGAGAUCUCGCCCUUUGUCAGCUAUGCUGGCGAGAAUCUCGCCCAGCUUGUUAGUGGAAAAUCCUUUAGCGGUCCCGUUUAUCUGCGUGAAUCCAUGCAAGGUAACCUCUAGAUCACCCCCCCCCCCCCUCCACACACACACA